AUGACCUUCCAGAACGAGACACAGUGUUACCAUUCCUUCUUUGCAUCUUUCUCCCGCUGGGAUCCUUCCCAAGUAGGCAACUGUGGACAUGGCUUACGGGCGGCGUACCGUUUCCAUCGCAUCGCGCGCACCGGCGUUGGCGUGGCUUCCACUUCUCACUACGAGAAAACCCGGAGUGGACACUGGCCCCCCGAUGUGCCUCCUCCCGGCAUUUUGGAAGUGAGGCUCCAGAAAAGCUUUGACGAACGACAACAACUCGCGCCGCUCGGUUGA